UCCCUCUCCUCUGAGUUACCGUAUUGUACUGUGAAUCUUAGGAGGGGGCUCCUCAACAAAAACACAGAAAAAAGGGGGAAAAACAGAAAGUGGUCUCCCGCUCCUCUCGAGGGUCACCCCCACUUCUACUACAGUCUGUAUUGUUUUACUAGUAUUAAACACAAACGUUUUAGUCAGUUAUUUAUUAUUAUUUUUAUAGUUUAUGGUUUGGUUUUUAACACUCCGGGAGGGCAGAAAUGGCGGCCAACAUGUACCGGGUCGGAGAUUAUGUCUUUUUUGAGAAUUCUUCAAGCAACCCUUAUCUGAUCCGGAGAAUAGAGGAAUUGAAUAAGACGGCAAGCGGCAAUGUGGAGGCGAAGGUGGUCUGUUUCUACAGAAGAAGGGACAUCUCACAGAGUCUCAUCCAGCUGGCAGAUAAGCAUGCAAAAGACUUGGAGGAAGAGAAAGAGAGCCCUUCAGAGCCAGAGCUCAGCGAGAAACAGAAACACCAGCUCAGACACAGAGAGCUCUUUCUGUCUCGCCAGUACGAAUCGCUCCCUGCAACACACAUCAGGGGGAAAUGCAGCGUUGCCCUCCUGAAUGAGACUGAAUCUGUGCUCUCCUAUCUGGACAAAGAGGACACCUUUUUCUACUCGCUGGUGUACGACCCCACACAGAAGACUCUGCUGGCAGACAAGGGGGAGAUUCGUGUUGGCCCCCGCUUUCAGGCUGAUGUCCCUGAUAUGCUACCGGAAGGGGAAGCAGAUGACAGGGACCAGUCCAAGCUGGAGGUGAAGAUGUGGGACCCAGAAUGCCCUCUGACUAAUAAGCAGAUAGACCAGUUCUUGGUGGUAGCUCGGGCGGUAGGCACGUUUGCUCGAGCGUUGGACUGCAGCAGCUCUGUCAGACAGCCCAGUUUACACAUGAGUGCUGCAGCAGCAUCGCGGGACAUCACACUGUUCCAUGCAAUGGACACGCUGCACCGACAUGGCUAUGACCUGUCUAGUGCGCUGAGCGUUCUUGUCCCUCAGGGGGGACCUGUGCUCUGCAGGGAUGAGAUGGAAGAGUGGAGCUCCUCAGAGGCCAACCUGUUUGAGGAAGCACUGGAGAAAUACGGCAAAGACUUCAAUGAUAUCCGGCAAGACUUUCUUCCGUGGAAGUCUCUGACUAGCAUUAUUGAGUAUUAUUACAUGUGGAAAACCACAGACAGAUAUGUGCAGCAGAAACGACUGAAGGCAGCUGAAGCAGAAAGUAAACUGAAGCAAGUCUACAUCCCCACGUAUAAUAAGCCCAAUCCUAACCAGAUCUCGGUCAGUAAUGGCAAGAUGGCCACUAUGAACGGUGCGGCAGGACCAGGCGGUUUCCACACAGCUGGUGGGGGCCGUGCAUGUGAGAGCUGUUUCGCCAUGCAGUCUCCUCAGUGGUAUUCCUGGGGUCCUCCGAACAUGCAGUGUCGCCUGUGUGUCUCCUGCUGGAUGUACUGGAAAAAGUAUGGUGGCUUGAAGAUGCCAAGCAGAGCUGAGGGAGCAGAAGAGAAAACGCCACCAAGCCCUGCUUCAAAUGAGCUGCGUUCCCACGGUCACACCCUGCGCCAGACCUCUCACAUGGUUCCUGUGAGGAACAGCGGCAGUCCCAAAUCCUCCAUGAAGACCAAGCAGGCCUUCCUGCUGCAGGCUACGCGUCUCACCAAGCUGGCGCGUCACAUGUGCCGUGACCUCAUCAGGCUGCGUCGGGCCGCGCGCCGCCCCUUUGUGCCCAUUAACUGUGGCGCUAUAAAGGCGGAGUAUAUGAUCCGAGCGGCAGAAGGCAUGACAGGGCGAUCCACAAAGCCCAAACCAUCCCAGCGGAGCACCCUGACCAGCAUCCUGCAGUACCUUGAGUCUCGUCCAGUGCCUCAUGUCCAGCGUUCUCAUCGUACACCUGGCCUGCAGGUCCAGCCCCCACGCCGCCUUCUCUCCUCUCUGCCUAGCCAUGGUCCCCUCAGUAUGCUGGGAAAACGCAGUUACCACCAUCACAGCAGGGUGGAGUCUACUGAGAGAAGAGGGAAUGCACCAGGACAAGAAAAUCAAGGUCAUAUUGUGGCACCCAUUCUGCAGCAUAACGGCCGGAGCGCCAGUGGCCCCAGCCUACGACCCAGCAACUUGAUGUUGCGUAAGAGGCGGCCUAACUGGAUUGAUGCGCCAGAUGACAGCUUUUUCCUUGUUUCCAGGGAGACCAGUGCUGCAGCCGUUAGACACCUGCUCAUGGAAAGCCAGGAGGCUGCUCUCUCGUUCGCAGUUAAGAAGAGCUUGUAGGCAGCCGUGCGAGCAGAUCAACCUGCGCAGGGUUCCCCAGGGGCCAGCGCAGGGGCCUGUGCUUGUGCCCCCUCACCCUAGUCUACGGAUGCGAGGCCCAAUCGUUAUCCACGACUGACCCUCAUCUGUCUCGUUUCAACUGCCUGCCCCUUUCCCUUUCUCUUCUCUUGAAUUCUCUCUAACUCUACGACACUGGCUACAUGUCCUUAAAUGCCUCCUUUGGUUUCCAAGCCUUGCCCUCUACAGGACUAAAGAAAUGACCCUAAAGCAUUCCAAGAAGCAUACUUAACUAACACUGUCCACUAUGCCCUCACACACUUUCACUAAGAGCAUCCUUAAUGCUCCCUUCUGUCUCAGUAAAGCUUUGCUCUGGCAACUUCUUUAAGCUGUGAACAUUGCUGAUCUUCUUUGACAACCUAAUACUUUGUGGCUGUAUGGAUUGAGCUAACAGGGUUCUUACGAGGCAGUAGUCAGGUGAAAUGUCAGUAAUUUCAAACAGACUCUUCUGAAAAGUAUUUGUGUGCUCUUUUGUUUUUGUAAUUUCAUUUAUUGCUGCAUUGAAACCCUUUAUUUCUCUUACCUUCUAUGAAUAUUAUGACAUUAUGUGAGCUGUUUUCAACUAUGUUUGAGAGAACAGAUAGUGUGUUGUACUGGACAUUACUGGAGGACAGUAUUAUGUGUAUAGCAUGGCCCUUGCAAGUUACUGGUUAUCCUCCAGUUUAAGCAAUAGUCUUAUCUGUUGGAGAGCUUGUCAAUUUGAUACAGUUAAUUAUGAUCUUGUUUUGUACUUAAGACAACGUAAUGUGUUUCUGACUGUACUGAUCAGUGGAGGUCCAUUUUACUCUUUGUGACUACUAUAUAUAUAUAUAUAUA